AUGGUAUUGAUUGACAUUAGGAACAUGCUACAAUCAAUGGGAAAGGACAUAAAGACAUUCCCUCUUCCUCCUAUCAUCGACACAUAUGACGAUGCUAUUGGUACUGCUAGGGAGGUUUACAAGGAGGAAAGUAUCGAACCGGCAGUGGGAGAUGUGGCUCUCAAAGACUCUCUUAACGAGGAACAGAGGGCCGCCUAUGAUAAGAUUCUAUCUGCCGUUGACACUGAUCAGCACGGAUUGUUCUUUGUGGAUGGACCUAGUGGCACCGGGAAGACUUAUCUAUAUAGAGUGCUGCUCGCGACGCUACGCAGCCAGGGCAAAAUUGCAGUGGCAACAACUACAUCUGGCGUUGCGGCUUCCAUAAUGCCUGGAGGAAGAACCGCCCAUUCACGCUUCAAGAUACCCCUCACUAUUGACGAUGGCGGUGUAUGUAGCUUCACGAAGCAGAGUGGAACCGCAGAGUUGCUACGGAAAGCAUCUCUCAUUAUCUGGGACGAGGCUUCUAUGACCAAGAGACAAGCCGUGGAGGCACUGGACAAUAGCAUGCGCGAUAUAAUGGGUCGGCCCGAACUACCAUUCGGUGGUAAAACCAUUGUCUUCGGUGGGGAUUUUAGACAAGUCUUGCCUGUUGUUCGUAAAGGGUCAAGGGCUCAAGUGGUUGCUUCUUCGCUACGGAUGUCUUACCUAUGGGAGUCCAUGUCCCACUUAAAGCUUGUUAGCAAUAUGAGGGCAAAAAACGACCCUUGGUUUGCAGAGUAUUUGCUGCGAGUAGGCGGUGGAACCGAGGACACAAAUAGUGACAACGACAUCUGUCUUCCUGACGAGGUAUGUGUGCCUUAUAGUGGGAGUGACAACGAUCUUGACAAGCUAAUAGAAUUCGUUUUCCCAAAUCUCAACGAAAAUAUGUCUAAUUCGACCUAUAUCACUUCAAGGGCGAUACUGUCAACGCGGAACGACUGGGUGGAUAUGAUAAAUGCAAAGAUGAUCGAUCGUUUUCAAGGGGAGCAUAUGGUGUACCAUAGUUUCGAUAGCGCCAUGGAUGAUCCCCAUAACUACUACCCUCCAGAGUUCCUAAACACACUGAUGCCUAAUGGGCUGCCACCACAUGUUUUGAAGCUCAGGAUUGGAUGCCCCGUUAUAUUGCUUCGGAAUAUAGACCCUGCGAAUGGACUUUGCAAUGGCACCAGGCUGGUCGUUCGUGGUUUCCAAAGAAAUAGCAUUGACGCAGAAAUUGUACUAGGUCAGCACGCUGGAAAACGGAUUUUCCUGCCGCGUAUACCUCUGUGUCCCUCCGAUGAAGAAAUGUUCCCUUUCCAGUUCAAAAGAAAGCAGUUUCCUGUACGGCUUAGCUUUGCAAUGACGGUUAACAAAGCACAGGGUCAGACUAUUCCCAAUGUUGGCGUGUACUUGCCCGAACCAGUGUUCUCUCAUGGCCAACUAUAUGUUGCUCUAUCUAGAGCGACAUCCCGAUCGAACAUAAAGAUCCUUGCCAUCCCAACCUUCGAUGGGAAGAAGAGGUCGAGGAAGGGUGUAAGAAAGAACCCUACAGUAGAUUGUGGGACAUGCACCAAGAACAUCGUAUACAAGGAGGUCCUAACAAACUAG